AUGGAUGCCAAUGAAGAUUCAGGUGAUACAGGUGAUUCAGAAUAUAGAAAAUUACACAUUCGUCAAGUGAAAUACAACACUACAGGGUUACAUAAUCCAGAUGUUUUGUCACAUCCAAGUAGACAUGAAUUGAAUGCACGUGCAAGCAAGAUACUGGAUAACGUAUCACAUGUAAAUAAUCAUUGUGGUACAGAUAAUGAAAAGUGUUACGAUCGUGUUGCUGUUUGUUAUACAGCAAAUGAAGAGAUAUAUGUAGCUGCUAAUGUGAAAGAACGCUUUUGA